AUGCUUGAUAUCGUCAAUUAUUUUAAUGAACGAGUAGGCCCUAUGCAACAACCCAAAAUCGGUUUUAAUACUGAUGAAGUCAAUUGUGUUCCACAUUUUGAUCCUGGCUUUUUUUCAUUAAGUAUUCUAUCCACAUGUGAUGGUCUUCAAUUGAACGAUCUUAAGCAAGAUCAAUGGAUCGAUGGUCCAAAUGAUUGUGAAGAUGAACAAUGUUGUAUUGGUGUGAUCUGGUUAGGUGAAGCAGCAAGUAUUAUGACAGGAAAUCGAUUCAAGUCCGGUAUUCAUCGUGUUGUCUAUCCUCGUAUAUCACAUCGAGCACGACUCACUAUCUGGCAAGAAGUAUGUACUAAGACUCAGAUAGAAACAUUAUUGAAACCCAAUGACGAUUUUGCUCUUAUGUCUGACAAAGAUGACAUUUGUAUCAAUAAUCUAUCGACUUCCGUACCACUUCGAGUUCAAUAUGGUGAUGAAGAUUUAAAUGGUUUUAUAAAUCACUAUGGAACCGAACAUGAACCAUCGAAAACUAUAUUGAAUCGUGAUCAUGUCAGGCUUCAGGAUACGAAUGACAAUGUGCAAUACACAAAAAAUCACAGCGAUCACAAACUACUGCCGGGUGGAGCAUCCGUUACAAUGACCAAUCAACCAAACUCUGAACCACUCCAAGUAGGAUCGGAUGGUGAAACAUUGAACCAUUUUAUGAAACGAGUCGAGAAUGAGCGUGGUCUCUCAAUGAGCAAAUCUGGCAUCGAACAUAUUCAAAUUAGGUUUCCAAUGCGAGUACGAAAGACACCAGAUCAAUCGAAUAACAAGUUUUCACUUUUCUCUAAACUUUUCAAAUGGUGA